GUUUAUACAUACCAGUAAGUCAAUGAACAUUGUGUGGACAGUUUUGUUCGAUCGUUAAUCGAUGCAUCGCGUUUAAUCUCGCUCGAUCUCGAGAAUCAAUAGUGAGUGAGUUCAAGUGGUGCCGGAACAGACUGAAGUUUAACGAAAACGGAAGCUUUCUAAACAUGAGGCUCAAAGGAACGCUUGUGCUAUUGGUUAUUGCUAGUGCAGUCUACAGUCAAAAUGCGACUGUGAUCAUAAGUGACACCCUUCAAGGCUACGACCCCCAGUUCAUGGUUGGCUGUUACUUUCCCGCGGAAUUUCAGGGUGAGUUCGUGACACAGGUGAGCGGAAAGGAAGCCAGCGAUACGAGCAACGAGCCCAUUCAAUAUUCCACCAUCAACAUCACGUUCAACGCAAUCCCCGUGUGGGGUUAUUGCCACAAAAGGGUCGGCGAUAACGUGUUACUAAUGGACAGGUACGGUGAUGGCGACUGCAUCCGAUGCUUCCGGUUGUUAAGGAGAUCACGCAAUGUUAUAGAAGUGUUCUCAGAAGAUCUAAAUAGAUGUUAUACCUCGGAGGUCACUGCCUUGGCAUCCUGUGAUAAAUUAAAUUCCACGUCAAUUUUGUAUCGUACCAAAGAAAUUGGAAAUAUUCCCGUUAGAAAUGAAUAUUGUCCAAUAACUGGCCAAUAUCAUUUCAAGUACAAUCUCAAUAAUGGAUCUGAUAAAGCUAUAGAAUGUAAUAGCUUCUCAUCUUCCUUCAACAAUUGCCCUGAUGGCUCAGUCUUAAGAUUGCAUUUCAAUCGUUGCACCUUUGAGUCUCAUACAAACCUUACAUUUAAUUGUUUAGGCAAUUGGCCUGGUCCAAAUGGUUCUACUUAUUUUGCUCUGAUGGACAAUAGUGCAGUAUGUGAAGGUAGACCACAGUAUAGAUGUGGAUUGUUUUAUGUUGACAAUAAAAAAGGAAAAACGUAUAUGGCACUCAGUAGUGACUCCAGUUGUACCCAAAAUUUAGAUAAUUCCACUAGUGGAUAUGAGACACUAGUACUCAGUAAGAUUCCAAACCAAAAGAAGAUGCCAAAUUAUGUGAAAACUCAUGUAGCAACAUUUCCAAAAUGGGCACAAGGUCUAUGGGAGGAAUCUCUUAUUGUCAAUGGCACUAUGACUUUCACUGAUUUAAAUGGGUAUAAUAGUUAUACGUUCAUUACUGUUGAUUCAAAUGAAGAAACUGGCCGCUACAUCGUUUAUUACAAAGAUCAAUGUGAACAAGUAGCUUAUGUAUGUUUAAUGAUGAGACAACGAAGUGAAAAUGUACUAGAAUUCACAAUAGGAAUGGUGCUAAGUCCAGUUUAUCAAACUUAUUUGUGUGAUGAUCCUAAUUUAGAUAAACCUGUUUGGAUGACACAAGCUCGUGUUGAGCGUGCGGUAGAAUCGCCAUGCCCGAUUACUGGCCAAUAUAUGGGUAUGAUAACUGAUUUAUCAGGAAUGUGUGCUGAAUUAAGUAGCAAUUGCAACACUCGCGAAAUAAUGUAUUUUAAAGUUACUGACUGUGAAUCUGGAGAACUCUACGAAGAACGAGCGUACUUGUGCCUAGGACAGUGGGAAGAAAAAGGUGUUAUGUACACAUAUACUAUGCGAAACGACACCAGUACCAAUGAAUGUUUCGUUGGUUUAAUUGUAAAUGAUGAAGAAAUAUAUAUCAAAGAAGCGGGUGGUCAUUGCAUUAGAAAUAUUGAUCCCAAAAAAGAAGGAAUGCGUCUAUAUAAGAAGGGUCAGUGUUAUGGAAAUUCUCCAAGUCCUGCACCAACCCCAAUGAAACCAAUUCCUCAUAAUCCAAUAAUGAGAAUUGCUACAACUCCGCGAUCAAGGAUAUCAGCAGGUACCACCAGCAUAUCAGGAAACAAUAUACCAUCAAUAGCUUCACAUAAAGUUACGGCAUCUUAUGGUUUCGUAAUAUUUAUAGUAGUAAUUAUGUUUUCUAAAAACAUUUACAUGUACAUUUAGGUACUAAC